AAUUAAAGACUCCUAGAAAAAAACAUUCAGUUGUUUGGAAGAUAGACGCCCGCUAACAUAGUAACUUAAACUUUUAGGUUUAUUGAUUAAGUUAAAUUUGUUUUCAGUGUUUUAAUUAGUUAAUUAAUAAAGCAACAACCAAAAAUGAAACAAGUGUGGUUUGGAAUGGUUUGUGUGAUUUUCGCACUUCAAUUUGUUAAUGGACAAGUUCCAUUUCCCGGCGAAUGCCCUGAGGUGAAAGUCCAACAAGACUUCCAACUUGCCGAUUACAUGGGAGUCUGGUACGAAUACGAGAAGUAUCCAUUUGUUUUUGAAAUUGGCAAAAAAUGUAUGUAUGCGAUAUACAAUAAAACCAGCGAAGAUUCUAUAUCGGUUGUAAAUACUGCGAUUAAUAGAAUAACCGGCAACCCAUCGAAUACUACUGGAACAGCAAAGGUCAUUGCUUCUGGACAACUCUCAGUUUCAUUUCCAAAGUCAAAAUCUGCAAAUUCCACUAAAGUCAACUAUGAGGUCUUAGAAACAGAUUACGAAACCUAUGCAGUUGUUUAUUCAUGCAGCAGUGUAAUGCGAAUGGCUCAUACGAAGGUGAUUUGGGUGCUGACACGUGAUCAGAAUCCUGCAGCAUCAGUUAUUGAAAAAGCUGAAGCUGUUAUUGAUGCGAAUAAAUUGAGUAAGGCAUUCCUUAUGAAGACCAAACAAACCGAUUGUAAUGACAAAGACGAUGAACCAGAGCCAUCACCAGAAAAUGGCCCAGGAGAGAUGACAACAGUUGCACCAAACCCAGCUUGAAUGAUGGAACCCGUUAUGGGUGCUUAAAAUUAAUUGGAAUUUAAAAAAUCGAUUUGUUAAUACUAAAAAAAAAUUGCUCUCUAGUUUACUUUUAACAAGAAUUUAUUUUAAAAAAUUUGUAAAUCUAAAAGACUGUGAAUAAUUGGCUUUGUUUUGAAGUAAAUAAAACAAAAAUCUGUCCAA